AUGGCCAAGGUUCCCAGAAACUUUCGCCUACUUGAAGAGUUGGAGAAGGGCGAGAAAGGCCAAGGAGCUGAGGCAUGCUCAUACGGUCUCGCCGACGGAGAUGAUAUUACCAUGACCAAUUGGAAUGGAACCAUUCUCGGACCUCCUCAUAGCGUGCACGAGAAUCGGAUAUACAGCGUCAAUAUUCAGUGCGGACCCGAAUACCCUGACUCGCCACCUACUCUACACUUUGUAUCAAAAAUCAACUUGCCCUGUGUUGAUUCACGAACCGGAAAGGUCGAUCUUUCGACUUUACCCACACUAGCAACAUGGAAGAGGGACUACACCAUGGAAACUAUCCUUUUGGAGCUUCGCAGAUUUAUGGCAUUACCCCAACACAAGAAGCUUCCCCAGCCCCCUGAAGGCACCACAUUCUAA